GUUUGUGUCGUGACGGCGGCGCAGCUUCCGGAGGAGACAGAGAGCAUCAUCAGAGACCUGCAGCAGCUGGACCGACCGGGACCGACACAUCUGGACCCGAACGGACCGGAGACCAGACAGCAUCCCUCCCUGUGUCUCUCCUCCGGGCCGGUGCGGUGUUCCGUGCCGUGCCGUGCUUCAUGCGGGACAGACAGACAGACGCGCAGACAGGCAGACAGACAGGUGUGUCUCUCCUCCGGGCCGUGCCGGGCCGUGCCGGAGCUCCAUGGGGGACAGCAUGGCGGAGACGCGGGUCAUCUACCACCUGGAGGACCAGGAGACCCCCUACCUGAUCCGGAUCAACGUGCCCGCGCAGCGCGUCACCCUGGCGGACUUCAAACACGUCCUGAACAAACCCAACGUCAAAUUCUUCUUCAAGUCCGUGGACGACGACUUCGGGGUGGUCAAAGAGGAGAUCAGCGAUGACGAUGCCAGACUGCCCUUUGUGAACGGACGAGUCGUCUGCUGGGUGGUGUCUUCAGAAACCUGUCAGUCAGAUUUUCGGGGCUCUGACCUUCAGUCUAUAGCCACGCCCACCUGCCUGGCCCCGCCCCCCAUCGAGAGGACAGGUGUGAUUGGACAAUCCAGACCUUCGUCUUUCCAUGCUGCUGUGGAGGAUGAGCAGCAGGGUUCAGAGAGCAGUGAGAGAGAAGAAGAAGAAGGCGGGCGUCUGAAUGGGCACGCCCACCGACCAGCUGACCAGAAUGGGGCGGAGCCAACUGGUGAAGGCGACAGCUCGUCAACCCAACAGAGCAGCCAAUUAGAGACGAGCAGUUUCUGCUCCUCUGAGGAAGACUCGGGAGGAAGGUUCAGCCAAUCAACAGGGCAGAGCAGCUCCUCGCCACGACUCGUCAGGCGACAACGCCGUCGCCACCGGAAACCCAAAACACAGCAACGGAUGGAGAGGUCUGUGUCUCUCAGCAGUGUCACUGACUCCACCAUGUCUCUCAACGUGAUCACAGUAACUCUGAACACAGAGAGGUAUAACUUCCUGGGCAUCAGUAUCGUAGGUCAGAGUAACGACCGAGGAGACGGAGGGAUUUAUAUCGGCUCCAUCAUGAAGGGAGGAGCGGUGGCCGCGGACGGACGCAUCGAGCCGGGAGACAUGUUGCUGCAGGUGAACGACAUCAACUUUGAGAACAUGAGUAACGACGACGCUGUCCGAGUCCUGAGAGAAAUCGUCCACAAACCAGGUCCGGUGACGUUAACGGUGGCAAAGUGUUGGGAUCCAAACCCCCGAGGCUGCUUCACGCUGCCGAGGAGCGAGCCGGUCCGUCCGAUUGACCCGGCUGCCUGGGUGUCCCACACCGCCGCCAUGACAGGCCGGCUCCCCCCCCACUACGACCUGCAGGAAGAAACCCAUCUCACCAUCCACAGCGACAUGACGGCUGUCGUCAAGGGGAUGGCCAAUCACGAGUCGGGCCUCGAGGUUCGGGACCGCAUGUGGCUGAAGAUUACCAUCCCCAACGCCUUCAUUGGUUCUGAUGUGGUGGACUGGCUCCACCGUAAUGUGGAGGGUUUCACCGACCGCCGGGAAGCUCGCAAGUACGCAGGAAACCUGCUGAAGGCCGGCUACAUCCGCCACACGGUCAACAAGGUGACCUUCUCUGAACAGUGCUACUACGUGUUCGGAGACCUCUGUGGAGAUCUGGGCGUGAUGACUCUACAGGAUCUGGAAGAAGACUCCAGUCCACUGGGUCUGGCCCCGGGCCCCCCGAGGCCACCCGCCGUCCCCCCGGACCCUCAGAGGCCCCCCCCCUUCCCCUACCUGUACCCCGUCCCUCACCCCCUCCCCCUCCCCCCACCGCCGGCCUGGGGGGAAACAGGAAGUCAGCACAGCGAAGGAAGUGGCAGCAGCGGAUCAAACUGCAGCGACGCCCAGAAGGCCGGAGGACGAGGGAGCCAAUCACAGCGCACCAAACAGGAACAGGAAGUGGGUGCUUCGCCAGACAAACAGCCUGAGCCUCCUUCCCCCCCCGCCUCCUUCCCUGGUCUCCAUGGUAACACAGACUCAAAGGAGGACCUUCCCGCCGGCCGCCAGUCCUUCCGCCUCGCCGUGGGAAACCCUGGAGACUUCUUUGUGGACGUUAUGUGACCCUGUGAUGAUGUCACACCCUGUCAGGUGACGGAGAAACACAGACUGAAAGAAGAGGGACAAAGUCUGGGUGAUGAUCUGCUAAAACCUCUCCUGUUAUUUUAGGGACUAGUGUCUAACCCGACUACGUUACAGCGUAACGUCUGCGGAGCGCUGAAACAGGACAGUCUAAUAUUUCUCUGUUUUACGUGAGGUGUGUACGUCUCUUUCCCACAGAAAUGGAUCCUAAAGGAAACUCUAGAAAGGGUUGAACAUCUGUAACUUCCCCUCUUUAGCAUUUAGCUUAGCAAAACAACAUGUCAUCCUCCCCAGUUUCAACCCCUCCUU